CCGACCUAUAGCGUAAUCAGCAGACUCUUAGAAAUCGGAAAUAAUCCUGCUAGAUGUGGAAACGAAAACCUACAAAUGUCAAAAUUUCAUCCUAAUGGAAACCAAAGAUCGAUUUCCUUAACUAAUCUACUGAACAUGAAUAAGGAAAAUGUACGUACUGAAACUGACAGCAUGGGUGAAGUUAAAGUUCCCGGCGACAAAUACUAUGGAGCGCAAACAAUGAGAUCAAAAACUAAUUUUCCUAUAGGGGGUCCAGAAGAACUCAUGCCGAAACCCAUAAUAGUAGCCAUGGGAAUUUUAAAGAAAGCUGCUGCUGUUGUUAACCAGGAAUUUGGUUUAGAUGCUAAAAUUAGUGAAGCCAUUGCUGAAGCCUGUGAUGAGAUUAUAGAUGGUUGUCUAAUAGAUGAACAUUUUCCUUUGGUUAUAUGGCAAACUGGUUCUGGCACGCAAACCAAUAUGAAUUGCAAUGAGGUUAUUAGUAAUCGUGCCAUAGAAAUUAUGGGUGGUAAAAUGGGCUCCAAAACCCCGGUGCAUCCAAAUGAUCAUGUCAAUAAAUCCCAAAGUUCCAAUGACACCUUCCCCGCUGCCAUACAUAUAUCGGUGGGUAUGGAAUUAAAUAAUCGUCUUAUACCAGCUAUUACCGAGCUACAUGAAGGAUUGAAGGAAAAAGAGAAAGAAUUUGCCGACAUUAUAAAAAUAGGGCGUACCCAUCUUAUGGAUGCAGUGCCACUAACAUUAGGUCAGGAAUUUAGUGGAUAUGCACAACAAAUGCAAUAUGCUUUGGAUCGCAUAAAUGCAGUUUUGCCACGUGUGUAUGAGAUUGCUUUGGGUGGCACAGCUGUGGGAACUGGCCUUAAUACCCGAGUGGGUUUUGCAGAAAAAUGUGCCAGCAAAAUUUCACAAUACACGUGCUUACCCUUUACAAAGGCUCCCAAUUUUUUUGAGGCAUUGGCCAGUCGCGACUGUAUGGUAGAGGUCCAUGGUUGUUUAAAUACUAUAGCUGUUAGUUUAAUGAAAAUCGCCAACGAUAUACGUUUAUUGGGUUCGGGACCACGUUGUGGUUUGGGUGAGUUACUAUUACCGGAAAAUGAACCUGGUAGUUCUAUAAUGCCUGGUAAGGUUAAUCCUACACAGUGUGAGUCUUUGACUAUGAUAUGUGCUCAGGUUAUGGGCAAUCAAGUAGCAGUAACUGUUGGUGGUUCCAAUGGUCAUUUUGAGCUGAAUGUUUUUAAGCCACUGGUUGCUUCAAAUGUUUUGCGUUCCAUAAGAUUAUUGGCUGAUGGUGCUUCAAACUUUAAUAAGAAUUGUUUGAAGGAUCUUAAGGCUAAUAAGGAGAGAAUUAAUAAAAUUAUGAAUGAAUCUUUAAUGUUGGUUACUGCUCUUAAUACUCAUAUUGGCUAUGACAAAGCUGCACAUAUUGCCAAAACUGCUCAUGUAAAUGGCACCACACUUAAGGAAGAAGCAAUUAAGUCGGGUUUUGUUACAGAGCAGCAAUUUAAAGAAUGGGUUGAUCCGAAAACUAUGUUGGGUCCUAAAUAAAUUUACGUUUUUAUUGUAUUAUGUAUUAUUUAUAUCUUUAAAUUUAUUCGUUAUUUCGUUGCUUAAUUUAUUACA